AUGGCGGCGCCCAUGGAAGAAGACGAUGUUGACAUUAUUGACGACGAGCAUUUAAAUUCGAUGCUCGUUUUCCCACCAGAUGUGCAACAAGCAAUCGAACAAGUCUUGCCAUCGAAUGAUCCCCUGGACAAGCCAGAUUUCAAUGCAGUGGAAUACAUCAACAGUCUGUUCCCAACAGAACAGUCUCUUGCCAACAUCGAUGAUGUCAUCAACAGGAUGAGGCUGAAGAUCAGACGUCUUGACGACAACAUCCGUGGGGUCGUCAGGGGUCAGACAAAUGCUGGUCAAGAUGGCAGACAGGCGUUAUCAGAAGCACAGAAAGCCAUCCAGGAGUUGUUCAAGAGAAUCAAAGACAUCAAGGAGAAAGCUGACAAGUCUGAGCAGAUGGUGAAAGAGAUCACAAGAGACAUAAAGCAGCUUGACCAUGCUAAGAGACAUCUAACGUCUUCUAUUACCACCCUCAACCAUCUUCAUAUGUUAGUAGGUGGUGUAGAUGCCUUGGAGUCUUUAACAAGGAGGCGGCAGUACGGAGAAAUUGCUAACCUUCUCCAGGGAGUCAUCAACGUGAUGGAGCAUUUCCAGAAAUACAUGAGCAUUCCGCAGAUAAGACAACUAGCUGACAAAGUGAAGAAAAUCCAGACGGAAUUGGGGAUCCAGAUUUUGGCUGAUUUUGAAGAUGCGUUCAACUCACAAGGAGGCAAGCUGGUCAGUAAUCAAGCUCAACUAGCUGAAGCCUGCCUAGUGGUGAAUGUGCUGGAUCCAAAAGUCAAAAAGGACCUUCUCAAGUUCUUUGUCAAGUUACAACUCCAAGAAUACGUGGUUCUCUUCGGAGAAAACCAGGACGUGGCCUGGCUGGACAAGAUCGACCGACGCUACGCAUGGCUCAAGAGGGCACUUGUCGAAUGCGAGGAAAAGUUCGGCCGGAUGUUCCCCAGGGAUUGGGACAUCGAGGAGCGGAUAUGUGUGGAGUUUUGUUACAUCACAAGAUCCGAACUGAGUAAGAUCAUGCAGAAUCGCUCCUCUGAGAUCGACGUGAAGCUGCUCCUCUUCGCCAUCAAGCGCACCACCACCUUCGAGGCCCUCGUUGCCAAGAGGUACAGUGGAGCAACCCUGAGACCCAUCGGGGAGGACCCUACGAUACCCAUCGCUAAGAUUGACACCCCGGAGAUGCCCACAAACCCCUUUGAGAUAGAUGACGCCAUAGAUCAGGCGGUGGAGGUGAAGACUGUCUUGAAGCCCAGACCAUCACCAUUCCAAGGAGUCGUCAGCCAGUGUUUCGAACCUCAUCUUCAUAUCUACAUCCAAUCACAGGACAGGUAUUUGGGUGAGCUGAUCCAACAGUUCGUAUCGGACUUCCACUCCCACGGUCCUCCCCGUAUGGAAUCAGAUGAGAGUGGGGCCAUCCUACCCAGCAGUGCGGACCUCUUUGUAGCAUACAAGAACUGCAUGGUGCAGUGUUCUAACCUUAGCACGGGGGCGCCACUCCUAUCUCUGACCGCAACAUUCCAGAAGUACUUACGGGAGUACGCCAGCAGACUCCUGACAAAUAACCUACCAAACCUUUCCAACUUGUACAGGACCCAGGCAGGCCAGGGGGCUAGCACCACGGUGGGGGCUAUGGGGAUUAAUAUCUCGGCGCUGUUGAAGGAAGGUUUGAAGGAGAGUACGUCGGAGGCACCUAAGUUCACGCCAGAGGAGCAGUAUUUGGUGUGUAGUCUACUAUGUACGGCCGAGUACUGCUUGGAUACAACACUACAGCUUGAAGAAAAAUUGAAGGAAAAGGUUGAUACGACAUUAGUAGACAAGAUCAAUCUGAGUGCAGAGAUGGAUGUCUUUCAUGGCGUAAUAUCCAACUGCAUCCAGCUCUUAGUACAAGACUUGGAGUCUGCUUGUGAUCCUGCACUCUCAGCAAUGAACAAGGUGAACUGGGCAUCCAUAGAGACGGUAGGUGACCAGAGUAGUUACGUGACUGCAAUCACCAGCCACAUCAAACAGACACUCCCAGUCAUCAGAGACAAUCUAGCCUCAGCUAGGAAAUACUUCACUCAAUUCUGCAUCAAGUUUGUCAAUACAUUCAUUCCACGGUUUGUGAGUCAUCUUUAUAAAUGUAAACCAAUAAGUACAGUAGGAGCAGAGCAGCUUCUACUAGACACCCAUUCCUUGAAGACUGUUCUCUUAGACCUCCCAUCUAUUGGAUCCAAGGUUUCAAGGAAGGCUCCUGCUAGUUAUAUGAAGAUUGUCGUUAAAGGCAUGACCAAGGCUGAGAUGGUCCUCAAGGUUGUAAUGUCUCCAGCUGAUCCACCUCAGUCGUUUGUUGAUAACUACAUCAAACUCAUCGCUGACCGAGACACCGGUAACUUCCAGAAGGUUCUGGAUAUGAAGAGUUUAAAGAGAAGCGAUCAGAAUGCAAUGCUGGAUCUUUUCAGGACGAGGGUCCCCCGAGGAGAGGGUCAGACAAAUUCACCAACAGCUCAUCAGGAACACGAGGGAAGUAGGAUACGAAGGCUGGAAAAACUCAUCAAGAGAAGAUAGGAUAGGGGUAGAGCUCAUCAUGAAAUGGUUGUAAGGGGGUACGGAGUGGGGACGGGGGUCUGGCAAACUCAAUGAACGGCCUUAAGACCAUGAUGAUGAUGAUGACUGAUCAAGGACAUAAAAAGAAGUAGAGUACGAAGGCUUGAAAAACUCAUCAAGAGAAGAUAGGGUAGGGGAGGGGUAGAGCUCAUCAUGAAAUGGUUGUAAGGGGGUACGGAGUGGGGACGGGGGUCUGGCAAAAUCAAUGAACGGCCUUAAAACCAUGAUGAUGAUGAUGAUGACUGAUCAAGGACAUAAAAAGAAGUAGAGUACGAAGGCUUGAAAAACUCAUCAAGAGAAGAUAGGGUAGGGGAGGGGUAGAGCUCAUCAUGAAAUGGUUGUAAGGGGGUACGGAGUGGGGACGGGGGUCUGGCAAACUCAAUGAACGGCCUUAAAACCAUGAUGAUGAUGAUGACUGAUCAAGGACAUAAAAGAAGUAGAGUACGAAGGCUUGAAAAACUCAUCAAGAGAAGAUAGGGUAGGGGAGGGGUAGAGCUCAUCAUGAAAUGGUUGUAAGGGGGUACGGAGUGGGGACGGGGGUCUGGCAAACUCAAUGAACGGCCUUAAAACCAUGAUGAUGAUGAUGACUGAUCAAGGACAUAAAAAGAAGUAGAGUACGAAGGCUUGCAAAACUCAUCAAGAGAAGAUGGGGUAGGGGAGGGGUAGAGCUCAUCAUGAAAUGGUUGUAAGGGGAUACGGAGUGGGGACGGGGGUCUGGCAAACUCAAUGAACGGCCUUAAGACCAUGAUGAUGAUGAUGACUGAUCAAGGACAUAAAAAGAAGUAGAGUACGAAGGCUUGCAAAACUCAUCAAGAGAAGAUAGGGUAGGGGAGGGGUAGAGCUCAUCAUGAAAUGGUUGUAAGGGGGUACGGAGUGGGGACGGGGGUCUGGCAAACUCAAUGAACGGCCUUAAGACCAUGAUGAUGAUGAUGACUGAUCAAGGACAUAAAAAGAAGUAGAGUACGAAGGCUUGCAAAACUCAUCAAGAGAAGAUAGGGUAGGGGAGGGGUAGAGCUUAGAAAAGCUUGAAAGGGAGUGCGGGAAUGGUGGGUCUACUGAUGUCAAUAAUGGCUCAGCAAGGAAAAAGAACAGGUACAUUACAAAUUUGGGGAGAAAUGAGCAAGAGAAAAUGGGCUAGAGAAGGCGUAGAAGUCUUAGGGAUUUGAGAAGGGAGUCUGGCAAAGUCAAUGAUGGCUCAUCAGGGACAUGAGGAAGGUAGAAAACGAAAGGCUUGAAAACUUGUUAAGAGAAGAUAGGAUAGAGAAGGGAGGUGCAGAAUGAGGAGGGGAGUCUGGCAAAGUCGAUGACGACUCGUCAAGAAAAAGAACAGGUAAAAUAUAAAUACUUGACGAGCAUUAUUACAAGCAGAUGGGAUGGGGAUAUGUAAAAAUUUACCACUAGAGAUGCAAAGUUUGCAAGUUUCUUGCAAUAUUCAAACACUUUUUGGGGGCCUUUGUUUCCAGCGUCUUGUGAUGACUGGGAAUGUACAUGUAAUAGUGAACAACAUGAGUAUAUGUGGAUGUAGAUAAGAAUAGUGGAGUAUGUACAUUUAAUUCGACUGUAUUUUACGUUAUAUGUAUGCAGUUAGUCGAUGGUAUCCAUUCAGCAUUAAAAUCCAAACAAACUGUUGGACUCCGAUUAUGGUGAUAAGUAUGGGGCCGGUAAAGAGUUAAGAUUAAGUUUUUAAGCAAAUUUGUUCUGCUCAGGCAGUUCUAUAAAACUGGGCCUAUACUGUGAAGCCCUGUCAUUGCAUGGGACUUGUUCACAUACACAAUUUGACAUUCCAUUUUAGUUAGUCACACGCUCGCUUGUGGAAUGCAUAAAAAUAAAAGUCGUCUCUGCUUCCCUUAGUGCUGUAUUUUUUCCACUCACACUUGUAUGAUAACUUAUGAUAUAGACGAUGUGACCUCUGACGUCACACGAAAACCAUAACAUGAUUAGCGCGCAUACUGCCGUGCAAAACCUUUCCAGCUAGAAAGUGUAUGCAAUCUUACCAUGACUACGUGUCAAUUUGCCCGGCGAAACAUGACGUAUACAGUGUUUUUUCAAUAGAGGGCCGUUAAAAUGUAAACACAGGUCACAUCGUCUGUACUGUGUGUAACAAGUCGUCUGGCAAAAAAGGAAUAUGCGACUGGUUAACAUGAGAAAUUUCACAUUCCAUUUUAGUUAACGCAUUGUCCACACAGUUCAAGCAGCUCCCAUUUGGUUCAUCAACAGACACAAACUUUUCAUUUUGUGUAAUUUGUCCCCACAAAGAAAAACAUAUUUUGGGGUAUUUAUAGGAGCCAUUUUCCAGACAACUCAUUGUGUAGUUUCUUGUAAUGCUGUACUUCAUUAUAUAUUGAGUAGAACAAGUUGUCUGUCAAAACAGAAUAAAUGUAAAAUUGUAAUUGUGUAAGGCUCUGUAAAUCAUGUGCAAAUAAAUUAUACAAUUUGGUUAAAAU